AGAAAAAGCGCAGUGAGUCCGGGAGGGGCGGCUAGAUCGGGACGCAUAAAUCCGUAGUUUGGAAAUGUCGGUUCGGUUUGCAGUGCAGCUGAAUGUUGGCAACGUAGCCAAGCUCUAUGUCCGUAUCUAAAUGCAGCCUUGUUAAGCUUAGAAUCGCCAUUGCUGACAGGACAAGAAAAGGAGAGGAGUUUGAAGUGCGCAUCGAACCAAAGGACAGUCCCAUGCAGGACACGCAGACUUGGGCGUGUUAGGUCACGGUUCUCUCGCUUUCCUCCUGGAUCCGGCAAAUCAAGCCUAAGCAGUCGCGACCAAACCCGCCCAGAUCCAUUUCUCUCUUGCCGCCUUUACACGUCUUCGUCGUGACUUUUAUUUCACGUUCACUCGUCGUCUAACACCCGGCAACACAAGUGAAACAUGUCCACCGCGGCGGACGAUGAGGAGAAGGACCUGCGUCCUCUGGAGUUCAUCCAGCUGCAGCAGUACAUGGAAUACAGCAGCAUGAAAGUAGAAGAUGUGAUGCAGGAGUUCGACUCGGACGGAAAGUUGUUUCAGUGUCGCCAGGGAGAACAAAUAACUGAGGAGGGCUUUGUUCAGUUCCUAAAGAUCUACCUGGAAGUGAAGGACAUCCCUGUGGACCUUUGUCAGCGUCUCUUCUACUCCUUCCAGAAAUGUGGCCAAAAUGGACAGAGCAGUGCUGCUCAAACCGCGAAAAGCACCGUCUUCCUUAAAGAUGUGUCAUGUUACUUCUCUCUGCUGGAAGAAGGACAACCUGCAGAAAAGCUGAAGUACACUUUCAAACUUUAUGACAAAGAUGGUAAUGGGGUUCUGGACAGCACAGAGGUGGAUCGGAUCAUCACGCAGAUGAUGAAGGCUGCGGAAUAUCUGGGCUGGGAUGUGACUGAGCUCAGACCGGUGCUAGAGGAAAUGUUGGCGGCAUUCGAUGUGGACAGCAGCGGUACUGUCUCCCUCCAGGAGUGGGUGCAGGGCGGAAUGAACAACACACCCCUCUUGGUGCUUCUUGGGCUUAAGGUGACCCAGAGAGACGGGCAACAUUUAUGGAGGAUGAAGAAUUUUAAGAGGCCUGUUUACUGCAACGUCUGCCAGAGCAUGCUGCUGGGGUUGUAUCGCCAGGGGCUAUGCUGCAUCUAUUGCAAGUACAUUGUCCACAGCCGCUGUGCCAACAAAAACCCUGCCCCCUGCAUCAACACCUAUGUCAAAUCCAAGCAAGACAUUGGGGUACUAGUGCAUUCCUGGGCCAGUGGGAACGACACAUCGGGUCGGUGUGAGAAGUGCCAGAACAAGAUAAAGAGCCUGAGCGGAAAGCACUGCGUGUGGUGCCGCGUCAUGCGUCACGAUGACUGUGCAUCUAAAGAGCCCUCUGAGUGCAGUUGUGGGCCAUUGAGGGAUCAUGUCCUGCCUCACUGGGCCAUAUACUCAGUGAUCAAGGAAAAUUCAAAGAUUACUGAUAUGCAGAACAGUAUGGCUGACGGGCAGGUGCUGCAGAUCAUGCCUGUUCCAGGCACUCACCCUCUACUGGUAUAUGUAAACCCCAAAAGUGGAGGUAAACAGGGUAAGAGGGUUCUGCGUAAAUUCCAGCACCUGCUGAACCCACGACAGGUGUUCAACCUGUGUAGUGGAGGACCGGGACCAGGACUUAAUUUUUUCAAGGACUUAAAGGACUACAGGAUCCUGGUGUGUGGAGGGGAUGGCACUGUUGGCUGGGUUCUAGAUGCUAUAGACAAAGCGAACCUCCCAGUAUGCCCUCCUGUGGCCGUGCUGCCCCUGGGCACAGGGAAUGACUUGGCACGCUGCCUUCGUUGGGGUGGAGGCUACGAUGGGAUGGAUCUGUCACUGAUUUUAAAGGAGAUCGAGGUGAGCUCCUGCAUUCUCAUGGAUCGCUGGAGCAUACAGGUGAUUCCAGAGGACAGCCAAGAAGAAGGGGACCAGGUGCCUUACGAGAUUAUCAACAAUUACUUCUCCAUUGGAGUGGAUGCGUCUAUCGCUCAUCGUUUCCAUGUGAUGAGAGAGAAACACCCACAGAAGUUUAAUAGCAGGAUAAAGAACAAGCUACGGUAUUUUGAGUUUGCCACCUCUGAGACCAUCUCCGCCUCCUGCAAGAAGCUGAAGGAGUGUCUUACAGUCGAGUGCUGUGGUACCACACUGGACCUGAGCAGCCGGUCCUUGGAAGGGAUAGCUGUUGUCAACAUUCCCAGCAUGCAUGGGGGCUCCAACUUGUGGGGGGAGCCCAAGAAGUCAGACAAAGACUUAGCAGGCCAGAAACCACAGGAAGUCGUCCUUGACCACAACGACCUGAAAUUCAGCUCACAAGAUCUCAGUGACAAGAGGCUGGAGGUGGUUGGCCUAGAGGGCGUAAUAGAAAUGGGCCAGAUCUACACUGGGCUGAAGAGUGCCGGGCACCGACUGGCCAAAACAUCACAGAUCACAAUAAGGACAAAUAAGCGGUUGCCCAUGCAGAUUGAUGGCGAACCCUGGCUACAGCCCCCCUGCACAAUCCAUAUCUCGCACAAGAACCAGGCAAACAUGCUGAUGGGACCAGCAUCUCGGUCUGCCUUCUUCACCCAUAAGUAGGACCCCCCAUCUCAGCCGAAGCUGCUCCUCGAUUUUCUUCCUUAAACACAAUGGCCGUUACAUUGUACGAUGCCUUAAUGUUUCAGAAUCUUCAACAUGUUUUCAUUAUCGCUAAAAUCUCAAGGAUCCGAACAGGUUUAGUAUGUGCAUUUGUCGUAAUUGAUUUCAAUCAAACUCAUUCUUAAAUGUUAUCAUAUUUUGAUGUUAUAUGUGAUGUAUUGCAUUAUAAAUAAAACAAAUGGUCUGUGUGUUGCAUUUGGAGUA